UACUUUUUCUUGGUACAAUGUAACUUGGAUGAUUUUCAAAUGAAUCAUGGGCGAGAUCUUUGCAAUCGUUGCAUUUGUAGGUCUAAUUCUGUUUUUGGACUACUAAGGUUUAAGUUUUAAGAAUAACACCUCUUUGUUUUGGAGUCAACAAGUAGAGAGCAUAUCAAUAUCCUUGGUUAUCUUUGAUACUAGAAAUUGGGUCAAUCAUGGGGGAGAAAACAAGGGAAUUAUCAGAGGAUUAUGAUGUCAAAGAAGUUUUAGGUCUAGGGGGAUUUUCAGUCGUGAGAAGGGCAGUUCGCAAGUCCAGUGAAGGCAAAUUCCAAGUAGCUAUCAAAACUCUCAAGAGGUUUGGAAGUCCUGAGGGAACACCACAAAGUAUGGCGGAGGAGAAUAGCACAGCCUCAGAAAAAAAUACAAAAUGGAAGCAUUUAUCAGCUUCAGAUGCCUUGCUGAUUAAUGAGAUUAUAGUUAUGAGGAAGAUAAUGGAAGAUGUGAGCCCCCAUCCAAAUGUGAUUGACCUUUAUGAUCUCUAUGAGGACCUAAAUGGUGUCCACCUUGUGCUAGAGUUGUGUUCUGGUGGUGAGCUUUUUGACCGCGUGGUAGACGAGGAAAAAUACUCAGAGGCAGAUGCUGCAGCUGUGGUUCGGCAAAUUGCCAAUGGGUUAAGUGCCCUUCAUUGGGCCAACAUCAUCCACCGUGAUUUGAAGCCGGAGAACUGUCUUUUCUUGAACAAAAGUGAAGGUUCACCUUUGAAAAUAAUGGACUUUGGUGUGAGUUCUAUAGAGGAAUUCACUGAACCAAUUGUCGGGUUGUUUGGUUCAAUUGACUAUGUCUCACCUGAGGCAUUAUCUCAGGGAAGAGUAACAUCUGCAGCUGAUAUGUGGGCUUUGGGAGUGAUCCUGUAUAUACUCCUCUCUGGUGAUCCACCUUUUCUAGCCACAUCAUAUCGGCAAAAACAGAACCUCAUAUUGGCUGGAGAUAUCAGCUUUGAAGACCAUACUUGGACAAGCAUUUCUCCAUCAGCAAAGCAAUUGAUAUCCAGCCUUCUGACUGUUGAUCCCCAAAAGAGACCAACUGCUCAAGAGAUUCUUUUGCAUCCUUGGGUCAUAGGGCACUCAGCGAAGAAGGAGCUCAUGGAUUCCGAAAUUAUUUCUCGACUACAUACUUUCAAUGCCCGUCGUAAAUUCCGAGUAGCUGGGAUAGCCAGCUUGAUGAGUAGCACAGUUAUGUUGCGAACAAAGAGGCUAAGGAAUCUAUUAGGGUCUCAUGAUCUUACACUAGAGGAACUUGACAAGUUGAGGAUGCAUUUUAAAACAAUACGUAAAGAUCGUGACAUCGCCACAUUAUCUGAAUUUGAAGAGGUGCUAAAAGCAAUGAAUAUGUUUUCACUGUGCCCUCUUGCCCGCCGCAUAUUUGACCUCUUUGACAAUAACCAUGAUGGGACUGUGGACAUGAGAGAGAUACUAUGUGGGUUUUCAAGUCUCAGAAAUUCACAAGGAGAUGAUGCUCUUCAGCUCUGUUUCCAGAUGUAUGACACAGACAGGUCUGGAUGCAUCACCAAGGAAGAAGUGGCAUCCAUGCUCAGAGCAUUGCCAGAGGACUGCCUUCCAGCAGAUAUCACAGAACCUGGAACUCUGGAUGAAAUAUUUGAACGAAUGGAUGCUAACACAGAUGGAAAGGUCACCUUCGAAGAGUUCAAAGCUGCCAUGAAGAGAGAUAGCUCCCUCCAAGAUGUAGUCCUCCACUCCCUUCGACCUACCUAAUUUUUGCUAUAGCAUGCUAAUGACAUCUUCCUUUCCAGUUAGUUAGGGAGCAUUCACAUUUGUCUUCAAAACCAUAUGACCUAAUUGGCUCAAAUCAUUUAGUAAUCCA